UCAUCAACAAUUGAGCACAAAGACAGGCAGAGUCACACUGGAAUGCUGUGACAGAACCAUCAGAUGACAUGGGACUCAGCCUCUUCUGUUUGUGCCCGAACAGUGAACAGCAAAAGUGAACAGAAUUCACAUCCAAGCCGGCGUGGCCUGAGAGAGACUUGACACUCAGACAACUGAUAGAAAAUGCCAAUGAAACAUCUAACAACAGCUGUUUCUUUGCUCUUCUUUGCCCUCUCUGGGGUCCUGGGGAUACCAGAGAUCUCAUGCAAAAAUGGAAAAGGUCAACCUGUGGACUGGUUUACCUUUUAUAAGCUACCCAAAAGAUACGGCAAAGAAGACACAGAGACCGGGCUGGAGUACAUGUACCUGGACUCCACAAAGACAAUGUGGCAGAAGGGCUGGCACCUGAUAGACAGCAACAGGAGUGCCUUGGGAAUUACCUUAGAGCAGCUGUAUGAAGCGUAUACCUCCAAGAGCAAUGCCACAGCCUAUCUACUAUACAACGACGGUGUCCCUAAGUCUGUGACUUACAGCAAGAAGUAUGGACACACCAAAGGUGUACUGGUAUGGAACAGACUGCAGGGGUUCUGGCUGAUUCAUUCUGUUCCUUGGUUUCCUCCAGUUCCAGAAGACGGCUAUAGUUAUCCAAGCUCAGGGAGACGAAACGCACAAAAUGGCAUCUGCAUCACUUUCAAAUAUGACCAAUUCGAAGAAAUAGAUUCUCAGCUCUUGGUCUCCCAACCGAACAUCUACAGUUGUUUCAUCCCAACCACCUUUCACUGGGAACUCAUCUACAUGCCCAAGCUGUGUGCCAAGUCCAGCUCCUCAUCGAUCCCUCGCCGGCGCCUCACCAUACUUCAGUCAGUGCACGGACAUGAUUUCCUCCAUUUUGCGAAGUCUGGUUCUUAUAGUGACGACAUCUUUACAGCCUGGAUGGCUCAACAACUGAAGACGCAUUUGCUAGUCCAAACCUGGCAGCGAAAGAGACAGGAGCUUCCUUCAAACUGUUCCCUCCCUUACCAUGUGUACAAUGUCAAGAUCAUUCAGACAGCUUCCAAGUAUUACUUCAGUUCUCACCUUGACCACUCUAAAUGGUGUGUUUCUACAAAGGACUCCAAAAAUCACUGGACCUGUAUUGGAGACCUAAAUCGGAGCCCAACCCAAGCCUCCAGAAGUGGAGGGUUCAUCUGUACCAGGAAUCCGUAUCUUUACCAAUCAUUUCAUAAAUUAGUUUUCGGCUAUGAGUUCUGUAACUAAGCAUGGAGAAAGGGUGCCUGCCCCAUCCUUGAAAACACUGGCUUUGGAACUCCUUGCCUUGGAUCCAUUUUCCAUAUGUUAAAGGCAACUGAGUUCGCACAACAUUUGUCCAAUAAAACACCGUGGGUCUACAGUGGCCAUUUUAUGUUUAAAUCAGUAGAAAUUUGCCUCUUUUGUAUUCAUGGAAUUAGAAGCUCAAAUGAUGAUAUGUAAAUAAUAAUAAUGAGGGGAGGAAAGAAAAUAUGCUCUUUCAGUUUAAUCAUC